AUGACCGUUGACAAGGAAGCGUUUAUUGAAUGUUAUGUCAAAGGUAAUCGCUUCGACAUGUUGACGAGUAAUAUCAGUGAAAGCUUAAAUGCAUCGUUAUUAUCAGAAAGGCAACUUGGUGUAUACGGUGCUAUGGCGGAAAUAGUUCGCAAGAUUGGAGAACUCUUCCAGAAGCAAAGAGAAAAGUGUGCAACAUUUCUUAGCACCUUACCCCCGGUCGAAAGCGAUUUCUUAGCUCCAACAGCAAGAAGUCCAGAAGAUGUCAUCGAUGUUCCAAGAAAUAUAAAAGGAGAAGAGAGAAAAAGAUUGAGAGCUGCUCAUGCAAG